AGGAGGUCUUGUGCGUGCUAUUCCAUUCCACACUGCUGCUCAUUGCUCCAUCGGUGCACGGAGCAGACAGACAGAUAUUAGCGCGCAGAGAAACAAUAUUUGGCUGUAUGGAUGUAUUUGCUGCACUAGGAUGAUGCCAUUUAUGUUCAUUCAAGUGGUCUAGAAGGUCCCCAGUCCUGCAACCGUCCAGUCUGGCACCUCCACCUUUGAAGAGGGUGCCAAUGCCAAACUAUUAGAAAGGAUUACUGAGAAUCUGCCACCUCACCCAAAGAGGUGAGAACAUCCCAUCACCAUGGGGAACCAGCUGACCGAGAUAGCCCCCAACACCCCGUUCCUGCAAAACUUCCAGUCCUUGCACGUGGUAGUGAUUGGCCUGGACGCGGCUGGCAAAACCUCUCUGCUCUACAGAUUGAAACUCAAGGAGUUUGUCAAGACCAUCCCGACCAAGGGCUUUAACACAGAGAAGAUCAAGGUAGCGGUGGGCAGCUCGCGGGCCAUCACCUUCCAGGUGUGGGACGUAGGGGGCCAAGAGAAGCUGCGGCCCCUGUGGAAGUCGUACACGAGGCGGACCGACGGCAUGGUGUUCGUGGUGGACUCCACCGAGACCGAACGUAUGGAGGAGGCCAAGGUGGAGCUUCACAAGAUUACCCGUACCUCGGAGAACCAGGGGGUGCCCGUCCUGGUGCUGGCCAACAAGCAGGACCUGGCCUCAGCUCUGUCUGUGAGCGAGGUGGAGAAGGUACUGGCCGUACGUGAACUGAAUGCCUCCACCCUGCACCAUGUACAGAGCUGCAGCGCCGUGGAUGGACAAGGCCUACAACCAGGCCUAGAGAAACUCUACGAGAUGAUCCUGAAGAGGAAGAAGAUGGUGAAACACAACAAACACAGAAAGAGAUGAGCCUUUGGAUUGUCCUGAUUUUAAAAGGGCCAUUUGUGACUCUUUGAGCGGAGGUCCUGUCCCUUUAAAUAAAGGGGAAGGCUUUUUUGCCAACAAAGGACCAAUUCCAGAUGACACAGGGGUCAGGAGAAAUGGAUUUGGCCUUUAUGUGACAUGCAGUAUUGAUACACCGUCUUUCAUACCUUGUAUUAGCCACACAGCUGCCCUUUGUAUGCAAUGAAUAUGUGAUAGCCACGAGAGGCUGUAGCUGCCUAUGACAUAUUUUGUCCCAGAAAGUUGGACUCACUUGUUUUACCCUACAACACAGUAGAAAUGUGAUACCGAACUCUGAACUCCUGUUGGAUCUGAACAAAGACACACAUUUUAUAUGAUAUGAAGCUAAAUCGUGUUGAUAUCAAAUGGAAUACCAUGGCGAUUACAGUAUUAUUAUUUUGGUCACUUUUGAAAGAACAAUUCCAAGUGCAUUCCCCUUAUGCAACACAGAGUUUCAGUUGGAUUCACAGACUGUUUUUACAAGUUGUACAAUUUUUGUAACACUGAAGAAUGAAUAAAACAACCCACUGUAUUAAA